UGUGACCUUCGGAUCAAGGGAACCUAACCUAUUUAUUAUUACUUGUAUUUGUUAUUGUUUCAUAUUAUUUUUGAUUUCUGGAAUGUUGAUGUGAUUGUUAUCUUCUAUUAGCUUUUCUGAGAAUAUAUUUUAGUCAAACGUAUUUAUUAGUGGAAAUGGACAAAUUACAAGUGAAAAUCAGUAAUGAAAAAUCUGGUAGUGCUGAACAAGAACAGGACGUCUCCACUCGAAUUGAAAUGUUAGAAAGAUUCCUCAACUUCUUCAUGAGAAUUUAUGAAAGUCCAGCUUCUACUUUGAGAACUUUAGAUAAUGAGAAAGUGAAAAGAAUCUGCAUCUUACCAAGCAAUGGAAGAAUUCAUUUUUCAGAACGAAAAGAUAGAUAUAGUAUCUCUACAGUUCAAAUUGAUAAUUUUGGACUGGAUUUCUGAAUAUAAGGAAGGUGGAUAUGUGGGAUUAGCUUCUUCAAUA